AGUCAUGGUUGCCCCCAAGAAGACUAAGAAGACCCAUGAGAGCAUUAACAACAGGCUUGCUCUGGUCAUGAAGAGUGGAAAAUACACUUUGGGAUACAAAACCGUUCUCAAGUCUCUCAGAAGCUCUAAAGGAAAGCUGAUAAUAAUUUCCAACAACUGCCCUCCUCUUAGAAAGUCUGAGAUAGAGUAUUACGCUAUGUUGGCAAAGGUUGGAGUUCACCAUUACAAUGGAAACAAUGUUGACCUGGGAACUGCAUGUGGCAAGUAUUACAGAGUGUGUUGCCUCAGCAUUAUUGAUCCUGGUGAUUCUGACAUUAUUAAGAGCAUGCCAACUGACCAGUAAGAAAGAUGUAGGCGUCUAAUUGCUGGCCUGGAUUAUUUUCUUCCUUCCAUGACAUCUUUCUGUUUUUGUUGUGUUAAAGUUUCAAAAUAUGACUGUUGUUUUUAUCCUUUUUCUACAAUCUUCGUUGUUGACAUUAUUCCUUGUAAGGUUUUGCCGUUGAUUACUUGAUUUUAUAUUAUGAUGAUUAAUGUUAAUUUUGUGGUGCAUUGUUGGUUUUGUUUGGUUGUACAAGCUUUGCAUUUAUCUAUGCUG